CGAGAUGAAAUAUUUCAACAAAAACGAGCUAGUGCAAAUGAGAGACGACAGGAAAUAAUGAUGAGAAAUCGACCAUCCACAAUAGACAUUGCAAACCGAUUGAAAAAAGUAAAACUUGUUGUAUUGACGUUUCUACUAUGACAUUUGCUUUUCCCGUUUCAGAGAAGUAUUAAUUAUCGUCUUGGUCGAGGCUUUGGAAAUUAUAAUCGUGGUGGAAUGGGACGUUUCAAUGUUAAUCAACGACUUACUGGAACUUCAGGAGUAUUACAACGGGUUACUUUAGGAAGAGGACGACGUAUGGGUGGCAAUUUGUUUUCAUCACGAGGAGGAAAUCGCAACCCACGUAGAGCUGGACUAACAAUUGGUCGCGAACGAACUGGAUUACGCACCUUUCGUGGACGAUUUAGUCGUGGAUUCAAUAAUAAUAAUAAUUUACAAUCAAAUCAGAACAAUUCAAAACGAAAUGGCUUUCAAAGUGGGAGAGGUCGUGGUGCCUCGAUAAGAAGUUUUCGAGGUAAUCGUGGCAAUGGAAAUAAUUCUCGUGGUAAUUCAAAUCGUGGCGUGGGGAAUUUUCGUGGUCGAGGCAGAGGAGCUAAAAAUAAUGAAAAUCAAUCAAAAAACAACAACAAGAACAAUGAUAAUAAUACGUCUGUUACAAAGGAAAAAUUAGAUUCUGAUCUUGAUCGUUAUAUGUCACAAACAAAAAUUGAUAACAGUUUUGAUAUAUUAAAUUCAAAUGACUUUUUUGAUGUCCAGAUACCAUCAUCACAACAUCGUUCUUUUUCCACAGAAUCAAAAUAUGAAAUUGAUCCAAACGGUUAUGUACUAUUUUGUCCGUGUAUGGCUGCGCAAUUUCUUGGUUCACUAAUAUUUAUGCGUAUUCUCAAUCGUACACUAGUUUUACCACACUGGAUGAAAUAUCCAAGUGCUGGUGAAUCACUUCAGAUACCAUUCGAUCGUUAUUUUCAAGUGGAACAUGCAAUUAUUUCUUACAAAACCAGCCUAUUUAUAUGUGGCUGCGAUGAUGAUCAUAUGAUUGAACAAUUUGAGAAAAUAUUAGAAAAGAAAUAUGAUCUCAAAAUAGUAAAAUAUAAUGGUAAUGAGAAUGUAAAUGAAGGAGCUCAUAUUAAUCUUUAUAUUUUGGGUGUUGUUGCUAAUAAUACCAUUGUUAAUUGCCCAUCGACAUUUCCUGCAUUUGUUAAACGUAUGCGUGAUGUGAAUGGAAAACAAACAGCCUUUGGGCUAUAG